CACAUUUUUGUCUACAUGUCAAUUUUGAAGAUUUUAUAAACAAAAAUUGAAUACAUAUAAAAUAUUUAGCAAUUAAAAAUGUUUGUACAAGAAUUCCAAGCAGUGGUCUUGGCCGGUGGACGUGGUACACGAUUACCAGAAUUAUCUAGCGGAGAAAGCAUAAAGUGUUUACUACACAUAGGUCCAUUUCCUUUAUUAUUUUAUCCACUUCAUACUCUUCAACAGCAUGGAUUUCAAGAUGCCAUAGUAAUUGUUUUAGAAACUCAAAAAAAUGAAAUACAAGAAGCUUUAGAAAGAACUCCAUUAAAAUUGAAAAUAGAUUUUGCUACAAUACCUGGAGAUACGGAUUUUGGUACAGCAGAUAGUUUGCGUUCGAUCAGCGAUAAGAUCAAAACUGAUAUUAUUGUUGUAUCUUGCGAUAUUAUUACAAAUGCUAGUCUUUUUCCAGUUGUAAACAAAUUUAGACAGCAUAAUGCUGCUAUAGCAUGUUUGUUGUUUUCUGGAGGAAUAGACUCAGAUGUAACGGUACCAGGACCAAAAUCAAAAAAUAAAGCUGAAAGAGACUUAAUAUGUAUUAAUCCUGAUUCAAAUAGAUUACUAUUUUGUGCUUCAACCAGUGAUUUUGAAGAAACAAUGGAUAUAAACGGUCAUUUGAUGAGGAAAAACGAAAAGAUGGAAGUUUAUAGCAGAUUAAUUGAUUCUCACAUAUAUAUCAUGAGGAAAUGGAUUAUUGAUUUCCUGCAAAAAAAAGAAAAUAUAUCUACUAUAAAAGGCGAAUUGAUUCCAUAUAUUGUAAAAAAGCAAAUGUGUAAAAAUUUGCAAGCUCCAAAAGAUGCACAAUCGGAAGUUAAUCAUAACAUCAAACCAGAAAACGAUAUAUUUAAUUUCAUACCUACCAACAUUCUUGAUGAAAAAGUACGGGACGUUUCUCUAUUUAAUGACUCCAAAUUAAAUGAACCAUAUGAUGGAGAUUUAAUUCGAUGUUAUGCUUUGAUUGCUCCAAAAACUUCAAUGGGAAUUAGAAUAAAUACCACACUUAAUUAUUUUGCAAUAAAUCAAAAACUUGCAUCAUUAUGGGAAAAAAUCUUUAAUGAUAAAGACUUAUAUAAAUUAAUUUCAAAUAAUGCGGAAGUUAAAUCAACUCAAAUCAAAGAUAUUGCUAUUGCUGAUUAUGCCAAAUUAUCAGAAAAAACAUCUUUGACUAAUAGCAUAUUUGGUCCAUCCUGUGUAGUUAAUCCAAAAACUAUAAUUACAAACACAAUAAUAAUGUCUCAUGCCAUAAUCGAGGAAGGAUGCAAAAUACUGAAUUCAAUCGUAUGCAGUCAUGCCCGAGUUAAGAAAGGGACAACUUUAAAAAGCUGUUUAAUAGGUCCAAAUUUCGUUGUUGAAGAAGAAUCUGAUCAUGAAAAAGUUCAUUUAACAAACGCUGACGGCUUUAUGGAAAUUGAAUAAAUAAUCGUAUCUUUGAACACUGAAUUUAAUGACAUCUGGAAUUUUAUAAUUCUAAAACUGCUUUAACUUUCAAGUUGUAUCAAAAAUAUAUCUUUAUUUCAACCCUUUGUUUGUUAUACAUAAA